AUGAGUAGCCAAGCUGAGUUUCAUAAAACUAAGGGUAAUGAAUUAUAUAAACAACAUAAGUUUGAGGAAGCUUUGGCAGAAUAUGACAAGGCUAUAGAGUUAGAUCCUACUGAAAUAACAUACCUCACAAAUAAGGGAGCAGUAUAUUUAGAAAUGGGCGAAUAUAACAAGUGUCUUGAGGUCUGUCAGAGAGCUCUUGAUAUUAGAUAUGAAGUCAAAGCUGACUAUAGCAAAGUAGCAAAGACUUUUAAUAGGAUGGCAUCUUGCUAUAUUAAGAUGAAUGAAUUGCAAAAAGCUAAAGAAAUGUACGAGAAAAGUUUAGUAGAAGAUAAUAAUCGCCAUACAAGGACUUCUUUGAAGGAAUUGGAGCGAUUAAUUGAGAAAGCUGAACGAGAGUCGUACAUUAAUCCUGAUAUUGCUGAAGAACAUCGCCUAAAAGGAAAUGAUCUGUUUAAAGCUAAGGACUACCCAGGUGCUAAAAAGGAAUAUGAUGAAGCUAUUAAACGUAAUCCAAAUGAUUCUAGAUUGUAUAGUAAUAGGUCAGCAUGUUACAUGCAAUUAUUGGAAUACCCUUCUGCUCUGAUAGACAUCCAGAAAGCUUUAGAUAUAGACCCAAAGUUUACAAAAGCUUGGUCUAGAAAGGGAAAUAUUCACUAUUUCUUAAAGGAAUAUCAUAAAGCUGUUCAGGCUUAUCAAGAAGGUCUUAAGUGUGACCCAAAAAAUAAAGAAUGUAAUGAUGGACUUCAGAAUACUUUGAUGAAGAUUCAACAAGUUUCUUCUUCUGAUCAAAUAGAUGAAGAGCAGGUAUCCCAUGCCUUGGCUGAUCCUGAAAUUCAAUCUUUACUUGUUGAUCCUCAAUUCAGAAUGAUUUUGGAACAGAUAAAACAAAAUCCCGCUGCAUUAACCCAAGUUAUACAAGAUCCCAAGAUUGCCAGUGGCAUUCAAAAGUUAAUGGCUGCUGGUAUUCUUAGAAUGGGAUAA